AUGGAAGGGCGCGCAGAAUGCGGCGGCGGCAGAGCAUUGGGCGGGACGGAGCAGAGCUGGUCUCGAGCUGUUCCCGGCGGCACAGGCACCGCCGUUCUAGCAAUCCUCACCACCAAUCCCCCCGAUUCCGCCUCCCUCAACGCCGCCCUCCACAAACUCCAAACCUCCCAUCCCAUUCUCCGGUCAAGACUCCACCACCACAAUAACUCCACUCGUACCCCCUCCGCCGCCGUCUCCAUCGUCCCCGCCGCCGUGCCUUUCGUCAGGGUGAAACAGUUCAACCUCUCGUCAACCCUCAACAUCCUCACCGCCGCUGACUCCUCCUCGCCGCCGCUGCAGUUGAUUUUGGAGCACGAGCUGAACAACAACCAAUGGGCUUCUUCCACCGCGACUGCCACUGCCAAGCCGGAGAACAAUAAUAUCGAGGACUUGUUUUUCACGACGACCUACGCGCUGCCCAAGGACAAGUGGGCGGUGGUCCUGAGGCUCCACGUGGCGGCCUGCGACCGCACCACGGCCGUGUCUCUGCUGAACGAGCUGCUGGCGCUGCUGGUGGCCGCAGGGGAAGAGGAGGAGAAGUACUGGCCGACGGGAGAAGAAGGGAAGGAAGUUGGCGGGGCCAUCGAGGAGCUGAUCCCCAAGGGGAAAGCGAAGAAAUCCGUGUGGGCGCGUGGGGUCGACAUGGUUGGCUACUCGGUUGGUUCGUUCAGGCUGACCAAUUUGAGGUUCGUCGAUGCCAGGUCGGAUCGGCGGUCGCAGGUGGUCAGGUUCCAGCUGGAUCGCGACCAAACCGAGAAGCUGCUCGCUGGAUGUGAGAGGGUCGGGAUAAAGCUGUGCGGGGUGUUGACGGCGGCGGGGAUGAUAGCUGCGCAGUAUAGCUUGAGGAAGAAGAAUCUUAGUAGUAAUCGUCGUGGUGGUAGUGGGGUUGAGAAACAGAGGAAAUAUGGAGUUGUGACGUUGACGGACUGCAGGUCGAUUCUCAGCCCGUCUCUUUCGCCGCACCAUUUUGGAUUCUAUCACUCUGCCAUCAUGAACACCCACGUCCUGAAACCCACACCGUCACCGGUAGGAGGCAACUCGGCCGAAACGACGACGUACCAUCUCUGGGAAGAGGCGCAGAAGGCGUACAAGGCAUUCCGGAGCUACAAGGAAAGCGACAGGCAGUUCACUGACAUGGCGGACAUCAACUUCCUGAUGACCACCGCCCUCGACAACCCUUCCCUCACUCCUUCCUCCGCCCUCAGGACGUCCCUCCUGUCCGUCUUCGAGGACACCAUCGUUGACGACAACUCCGGCGGCGCCGCCGCCAGGGACGCGGUGGGGGUGGAGGAUUACAUGGGCUGCGCCUCUGUUCACGGCAUUGGGCCUUCCCUCGCCGUGUUCGACACGAUCCGGGAGGGGAAGCUGGACUGCGUCUGUGUUUACCCUUCGCCGCUGCAUUCCAGGGAGCAGAUGGUGGAGUUUGUGGACAAGAUGAAGAGCGUUCUUGUGAGUUGUUGA